AUUCAGUCCAUUCCCCAAGUUCAACUACGCCUCUACUUUCUGCAUACCCGAACUAAGACGCACAAAUGGCGGAAACAAACAUGAGACAAAAGCCACACCUCAACAAACCAUUGAUGGAUCAACUCAAUCGAAUCCCUUGGCGCUGCCUUAUCAUUCCCGGCUCGCUCCUAUCCUUUCUCGGCAUCUACACCUGCUUUCAAAUGAUCGACUACACCCAGAUGCCUCAAAAGAGCCAAGGCCAGAUCACUGCUUUUGCCCAUGUGGCGAUAUUCUUCAUUGGCGUUAUGAUAACCUUUGUGGGGUUUGUUCUUUGCGCAACGUGGUAUUAUAUGUGGGACAAACGAUUCAUGCCUUUAGCGGAGGCAGAGCAACAGAGAAGAGAUAUGGCAGCAGCACGGGACCGAGAGCAUCAACUUCAAGAACAACGUCCAGAACAACAUCAAAACAUCGUUUGAGAGACACGUCGUUUUCCCGAUUAGGGUCUGGAGGUGUGGUAAUCCGGAGAAGAACAAUUGCAAAUGCCAGUAAUCUAUCUAGUCCGCGUUGUGACAUUCGGCC